GAGAGAGUUCACUAAAUUUAAAGGCAAAUAAUGGAUUCCCGUUACUCUUAUGACGAAAAUGCAGAGACAUGGCCAGUGUUUGCCCUUUCGGUGCUAGCUGCUGGUCUUGUUCCAUUCACAAUAUUAGAAGGUUAUAAAUUAUUCAAUGGCAAAGCUAAACAAGAAGCUGCUGGUGAGAUCAAAUAUGAUGGUAAAAUAGACCCAAAGAUCAAGAGAUUCAGAAGCAGAAGAAAGAGAUCCAAAAUUUUCACAAAGAGAAACUUAUUCCUGGCGUUGGGUUGGAUAGCUGUUGCAUUUAUCAUUUACCAUAUCAAAAAUACUGAAGUCAAAAAAGAAACUGUCGCAUUUGAUCCUUAUGAGUUGCUAGGCAUUGAUUUUGGCGCAUCAGAAAAAGAAGUCAAGAGUCACUAUAAAAAAAUCUCUAUCAAAUUCCAUCCAGAUAAAGUUAGAGGUGCAUCUGAUGAAGAAAAGAAAGAAUUAGAAGAAAGAUUCGUUUUAAUCACAAAAGCUUACAAAGCUUUAACUGAUGAAGUUACAAGAGAAAACUUUGAAAAAUACGGACAUCCUGAUGGUCCUCAACAGGCUUCCUAUGGUAUUGCCUUACCAAAAUUCUUGAUUGAAGGUAAAUCUUCUCCAUUGUUGUUGGUUCUAUAUAUUGUCUUAAUCGGUGGUGUUUUACCAUAUAUUGUUAGCAAUUGGUGGUCAAAAACUAAAACUUAUACAAAGAAAGGUAUUCAUACUGAAACUGCAAACUUAUUUGUUGAAAAAUUAUUGAAUCACAAACCUACAAAUGUUGUUAGAGUUUCCACUAUUACUGAUUGGUUAAGCGAAGCUGAAGAAUUCAAGAUCGAUUUCCCAAAGAAAUCAAAGGAUGAAAUCAAACAGUUAUUCGAAGAUCAUUUCAACAGAAAGAUUUCAGAUGAUCAAUUAAAGGCAGUUUCUCAUAUUCCUGUUUUAAUUACUGGGUUGGUUGAAAUUGCAAGUCAUUUCAGAAACACUGAAGUCUCAGAUAUGUCUGUCAAUACUUUGAAGCAUUUUAUUCAAGCUGUUCCAGAAUCAUCAAAGAAUGAAUUGUUACAAUUGCCUCAUGUUGAUCGUGCUUCUGUGGAAAAAUCAAAGAUUAUUAGAUUAGGUAAAUUAUUAACAUUGAAGAAUGAUGAAAUCAAAGAAGUUUUGGGUAUUAAGGAUGAUGCUAAAUUGAAAGAAGCUUUGGAUGUUGCUACAAAAAUCCCAUAUUUGAAAUUAGUUAAAGCUGAAUACAAAGUUCCAGGUGAAAGUGUUGUUACUCCAGAUUCCACUGUUCAUAUUUCUAUCAAAGUUGUUGUCAAAUCACCAAAGCAUCAUGGUACUGUUCGUGUUAAUGACACCAAAUUAGAAGAAGAAGAAAGUUUAGAAACUUUGAGAGACCCUUUCAAAAUGGUUCUUUCUCAACCAGAACUACCAAAAUCAUAUGCUCCAUUUUUCCCAUUAGAGAGAAGAGGUGGUUACGUUGCUUUUGUUGUCUUGCAAAAAGAUUCAAAGAUUACAGAUGCUCCAUCAUUCUUCAAGAACCUGGAUCUAUCUAAUUUGGAAUUAACAGAAGAUCAAUUCAAAGAUGGUUCAAAGAUCCAAGUUGGUACUUUUAAAAUCCCAAUCCCUCAACCAACUCCAACUGAAACUGGGAAAUAUGAAUUCAGAGUUAUUCUAAAAUCAACAGAUUACUUUACACAAGAUGUGGAUUUCCCAGUGGUAAUGCACGUUCAAGAUCCACCAAAAGUGGAGGAAGUUAAUUAUGAUAUUCCAGAUCCUGAUGAAGAUUCAAUCGCUGGUGCUUUGGCUCAAUUGAAGGGUGAAAAAAAUUGAUUUUGCAUUUCCAGGUUAUCGCUGUGAUUAGUUUCGUUUUAGAGCUGGUGCUCUUUGCUUUAUAUGUACAUUAGAAACUCAAUAAAAAAUAACUUUCAUAGAUUCUACGUAGCUGAUCAUCGGUAUCUAUUAUUUCGAAUUAAAACUUUCUAUGAAUAAGAAUAGCUGUUGGGUUAUCCAAUUUUUGCUCUUUGUAAUAGUUUUCAAUUUUUUCCUUCUCUUCAAAACCUAAUUUUUUGUACCAUUCCAAAACUUCAGUUUGUUCAACCCAGACAUGAGCAGUAACUUCAUGUAUGAAUGAUUUUUUUGCCUGUUCAACAAUAUGUUCGAGGAGUUUCUUACCAAUUCCAAAAUGUCUAUAUGGUUCCAAUACAGCUAUUGAUUCAAUGUACACGGAAGUUGGCACUGAGUGGUGUUGAGGAACAAUCAAUUUCGCUUUAACUGCACCGACUGGUAUUUCACUAUAAUAUGCUA